GGAGGGUUGGAUUGCCCUCACAUCUGGCCCCGUGUUUUCCAUGUGUGACAGAUCCUGUGCAUCCAGGCGCACGGACGCGCUGCCACAGGGACCAUCAGAGUGGGUUAUAGAUUAGUUUGUGUGUGAAACAGACAGACUACACACAUCAUCUUUAUUACCACUGAGCUGCACAUUCCUCCUCUAUCCAACAUCUAUCACCCUAUUCAUGUUCCAGUUAUUAUUAUUAUUAUUUUUUAAACAUUAUUUGUUCCCACAUUUCACAAAAAACCGUACCAGUGUAACUUUCACUUUGCGUGUGUGCAGACAAAUGGCGAUAAUCGUGAGAACCAGAACCUCAGGGGAGAUGAACUUGAUCUUUACUGUAAAAGGAAUAGUCCUGGACUUACACGCAGGGUUCAUGAAUUGCAGGGUGCCGGCCAGUAAGCGGUACCAGCCCACUGAGUAUGAACAUGCAGCAAACUGUGCCACACAUGGGUUCUGGAUUCUCCCCAGUCUGUUGGGCGGGUCUUUGCUCUACUUCCUGUCCGUGGACCAAUGGCAUCGCAUGGCUGCCUGGCUCUAUGGAAGCGGUCUCACUGGGCUGUUUGUCACCUCAACACUCUUCCACACCGCCACCUGGAAAAUCAGCCAUCUCCGGAAGUUGGAGCAGCGUUUUCACAUGUGUGACAGAAUGGCCAUUUACUUCUUCAUUGCCUCCUCUUACUCUCCCUGGCUGAUGCUGAGGGAGUUGGGACCCUGGGCGUGCCACAUGCGCUGGCUCAUCUGGGUCAUGGCUUGUAUAGGAUCUGUGUACGUCUUCUUCUUCCAUGAGAGGUAUAAGCUGGUGGAGUUACUGGGGUACGUGGCCAUGGGGGCUGUUCCUGCUUUGGUUAUCCUGUCCAUGGUGGAGCGUGCAGGUGUGUGUGAGCUGGCUGUAGGCGGAGUCUUUUACGUGGUGGGCGUGGUUUUCUUUAAGAGCGACGGCCUUGUCCCCUUCGCUCACGCCAUCUGGCAUCUUUUUGUUGCAGCUGGAGCGGCUGUUCAUUAUUACGCAAUCUGGAGGUACCUUUAUGUACCUGGGCCCAUACUGCAGACAUCCAGGUGACUAACCGUUCAUACCUGAGACUGUGUUGCUCCACAUCAGGUGGCCAGGAAUCAUGUUUUCAUGACAAAAAAACUGACUGUUGCAGAUCAGCUGGGGCCAAACCUUGGGACCAAACACUUUGCAUAUUUGACUAAAAAUCAACAUGCAUUUAUUCCUUAUUAACAGACAGAUCCGUAAGCACUCAGCCUGACUAAAACAAACCUGACACAACUAUAAAGUCACAUUGCAAAUGCAGAACUAUAUUUCAAAUACUAA